UCAAAAAUUUAACGGCCAUCGUUAUAAAUGUUUCGAUGUUGCCUAGACAAUUUUUACACUAGUUGCUUAGGAAUUAAAUCCUGAUGCGGAUUUUUCAAGUUUCUUAUGGUGUUUUACGUCUAUAACUCUAUAGUGUCUUCUUAAACUGAUUAUAACUUAUAAACUUAACGGCUUUAAUCGUUAUUUUGUUUUAAUAUAGUGACUAUCUUGCAGGUCAAUUUGAUUUAAUGUUUCUUUGACAUUAUAAAUUGCUAUCUACAGUGGUGAUUGUACUUGUAUUGUAUUACAAAUGGCACAAUUCAACUAUUUAAAUGAACUAAAUAGCUUGGCAACAAUAGAUGGACCUAUUACACGCGGCCCUCUUCAACGUUGGGUGAAAAAAAGUGGCGCCGAAAACAUGAAUCCGUCUCUAAGUCUAAGCACGUCUAAAAAUAUAUCGAAUGCUAACUUGAGCGGAAUCAAUCAAUCUAUGCACAAGCUAUCUGUAUCCGCCAAUCAGAGCUGCAAUAAUAGUGUUCUAUCUGCAAACAAAACACCGACGCGGGCUGAUAUAAGAAAGAAUAAAAAGACGCCAUCAAAGAAUAAAUCUCCAGGUCGUUCAACAACUCCAACACCAAACAAGGCUUCAAAGACUCCAAACAAGGCAGAUAGAUUCAUUCCAUCAAGAAGCAACACAAACUAUGAUCUCUGCCAUUACAUGUUAACCCGAGAAGAGGAAAAAUCUGAUGAACCGAGUCUUGCUACUGAAGCUCUCAGCAAGGCAUUAGGCGAAACAGACCAAGGCCGUCUUCUACAGUAUACUUGUAAGGCUCCUGCAGCUCCUGAAGGCUAUCAGAAUAGACUAAGAGUGGUGUAUUCACAGGCUAAAGUUCCAUCAACUGUUAAAAAUACAUCUCGCUACAUACCACACAGUCCAGAUAGAAUCCUUGAUGCUCCUGAUAUUGUAGAUGACUUUUACCUCAACAUUCUUGACUGGAGUGCAUCAAACAUCUUAGCAGUCGCUCUGGGCAGUGCAGUAUUUUUGUGGAAUGCUGGAACUGGACAGAUUGAGGAACUAAUGUGCUUAGAGGGCAAUGACCCUGUGUGUUCAGUUCAAUGGGUUCAAGGCAGUGGCUCACACUUAGCUGUUGGGCUUUCUUCUGGUGUCGUAGAGUUAUGGGAUUGUGAGAAGAUUAAGAGGUUGAGGGUGAUGGAUGGUCACAGUGCUCGCGUAGGUUCCUUGGCCUGGAACCUCUAUGUGGUCUCGAGUGGGUCAAGGGACGGAAACAUCGUACACCACGAUGUGAGACAACGGGACCAUAACGUCGCAACUAUUAAUGCGCACACGCAGGAGAUUUGUAACCUAAAGUGGUCACCGGAUGGAAAAUACUUGGCUUCGGGUGGAAAUGACAAUGAACUCAACAUAUGGCCACUCGCACAGGGUCACCAAUACUCGCAGACUCAGUACUUGUAUUCAUUCCGAAGUCACCUGGCAGCAGUGAAGGGCCUGGCCUGGUGCCCUUGGAGCAACGGCAUCCUGGCUUCGGGCGGAGGAACAGCCGAUAGGACUAUUCGCAUAUGGAAUGUCAACACUGGGGCUAACAUAUCCACUGUUGACACUAAAUCACAGGUGUGCUCGAUCCUAUGGAGUAGCCACUACAAAGAGCUGAUUUCGGGGCACGGCUACGCCAACAACCAGUUGGUGAUCUGGAAGUACCCCAGUAUGGCCCGAGUGGCCGAGCUCACCGGACACGUCGCCCGAGUGCUCCAUCUCUGUCUCUCGCCAGACGGCACUUCUGUUCUCUCCGCGGGUGCUGAUGAGACCUUACGACUCUGGAAGGUGUUUAUGUUGGAUCCAGCGAAGAAGAAAGACGCAGUCGACACAAAGGCAGCUAAAUCCAUUCUCAACAUGAACUCGUUAAUUCGAUAACUUAGUUGUAUUGAACUUAUUUAGGACAGUUAAUCCAUGUUUUAGUUAUGCCUAAUCCAAAUAAUUGAAGAAAUUUGACCAUUACGAAGAAUAUAGUAACCGUUUCUAAAAUAUCUGACAUCGUAUAUGUUUUAGUUCCACAAAAAUUCAAAUAAAUAAAUUAUAUUUUCAUAGUAUUUACUUGUGUAAUCGGGUAAUUAUUUUACUAACUUAUUAUGUUUUAUCUGGAGACCAGUUUAGAAUAGGUUUCACAACCUAAUGAAAUAACUUUUUUGUUGACGAAUUCGUAUUGAAAUGAAGAGAUUCUACACUUGACUCGAUCCCAGUUCGAUUUUAAUGUUCAAUUAUUUUUGUAUAAAUGUAGGGUACUUACGUUAUUUGAGGGUAGUCGAGAAUUAAUCAAAUAUCGAUUAUACAAAUGAGACUGAUAAUGCGUAGGAUAUACUUCGAUUCACUUUUAGAUAUAAUUUUUGUGCCAUCGAUUUCGUGAAUAUAUUUUCGAAUGUUUAUUUUAAAUCGCAAGAAGUUGAGGUCGUAAAAUGUAUCACGAUAUGUUGUUUCUCGCUUACUUUAAUUAAUAUUAUUUAAUUAAACUUAUUCUCAAUUAAUCUCUUAAUAUUAUUUUCAAUUUAACGUUUCAUUACCUCGGCUUCGUUGUUUUAAUUUGUAUGGAUUUAAGAAUUAUGUUAAGGUUUUUAAUUGUAAUUUUAAAUAAAGGUUUUAACAUUA